GCCAUGGAUUAACGAUAUGUGAUACUUCUAUAAAGGAAAAAUAAUUUUUGGUCUCAUAACUUAGACCUAUUGAGGUUUAGUCCCGAUAAAAUUAAGUCUAUGAAUUUAUCUCCCUACUGCAAAACGUUGCUUCCAUAGUUUUUUCUGACUUGAAAUACUCAUUAGAUUUUACUCGAAAUAAUUUACUCAUAAUACGUGUAUUAUAAAACUUCAUAGAGGCGAGAAUUCCCGGAGCGAGAGCAUUGCUCUCUAAACCUUCGGUCCCCCUAGGGUUUGGCCACCGCUAGGUUCGUUUUCCGACUUUGUCUUUUGGCUGAGGAUCGAGAGCAGUAGGUUGACGACAGACUGACGAGUGCAAUUGGCUGCGAUCGAGGUGGAAGGUAGGCAUUAAGGACGAGUCGACAUCGUGCUGUCAAAUUAGGUGGAAGGUUGAAUUCCUAUCUUAUAUCCAAAUAAUAAGAGUAAUUCUGACUUUUGACGAAACAGAUGGCUAUUGGUGAUAGCAUGGAGUUUCUGGUGGUCGACAUCGUGUUGUCGGACUGGAAAAUCAAAUUUCAGGGGUUCAUUGGUGGCCUAUGUGUGAAAGAAGACGAAGGGAUGUUGAUUCGCCCACCUCCAAAACCGCCGCCUUGGAGGAAUUCUGCGACUAGGGUUUGGACGAGUAUUUCUAUUUCUGCUGAGUCAAUUGUGUUUUGUUUUUAUUUUAUUUCGAUUGUGUUUUGUUGCUUAUUUAUUUUAUGCUGUAAGACUUUUGCACUUGGAUUGGGGGAUGAGAGGCCUGCGGUAAUCGUCGUGGUUUUGAAUAUGCCCAAUUUUGGAUUAGCGAGUUAUAUUGCUUUGUUAAAGGUGAUUAACUCAGAGUCUCGUCCACAGGCGGAUGGUUAUUGUGAUCCUUUUGUUAUUUCAACUCCUUUCUGAGUGCUUUUUAUGAAUGAAUGCAUGUUCGAUGAAAAAAAAACUUCAUCCUCUAGUCUUAGAGAUUAUAAAGAGAAUGCAACAAUUCUCUUUUCACGUUUGUUAAUGUAUAAUUUUUAUCAUUAAUAUAUACUCC